AUGGCGCUGGACUCGCAGGCGAUCGCGCCGCCGUCGCCUCGCCGCGUGUUCCUCGGCGUCCUCGCGACGACCGCGCUCGCGCUAGGGGGCAACUUCCUCGGCGUGACCGGCAAGCUCCUGAACGAAGAUCUCGCCGCGUCGCUUCGCCUGGACAUCUUAUACCCGGUGAACGGCAUGAAACGGUGCUACAACCCGGAGAAAGGGUACGAGUUCACGUACCCGGAGACGUACCUGGGCGACGCGACGAUGGCGACGCGAGCGGCGAACCAGAGGGAGGCGCGCCUGGCGUUGGAUCCCGGCCCGGCGACGCGCGCGGCGCCGCCGAAAAUCUUCGGGCAGACGGUGCAAGAGCCGCAGAGCGCGUUCGGGCCCAUGGGCGGCACGGGCGAGGAGAACGUCUCGGUGAUCGUCGCGCGGUCGCCGCCCGGGGGGUUCCGGCUCGAUCGCUUCGGCGACGCGAGGAACCAGGCGGAGUGGCUGUUAGGGAACGUCUUGGCGCCGCCUAAUUCGGGGAAGACGUCGGAGCUCUACGACGCGUUCACGCGGUCGAGCGGGUCGAGCGGCGGUACGGGGACGAAGUACUACACGUUCGAGUACACGAUAAAGACGGACGACUGGUACCGGCAUAACAUCGCGGUGUUCGCGGAGCUCGGCGGGAAGCUGUACACGAUGGUGUGUCAGGUCCCGGAGGCGGACUGGAAGGGUCGGGAGGCGGCGUUCCGGAAGACGGCGGAGUCGUUUAGGGUGUUCGUGCCGACGGGGUGA